AUGACGUGGAGUUAUGUUGUGCGAUCAUUAGUGAAUGGAUUAAUUCAAACGGAAUUCUAUUUAAAGCCUGCUAUGGGAAAUGACCAAUCUGUAACAAACUGGGCUAUUGGUAUGUUCUCUCUGCCUCAAUCAUAUGAAGGACUACUCGAGAUUGAGUUUGCAAUGUGUGAUGACUGUAUGAUUGCUCUUGAUGACUUUGUCUUUACUAGAAGUCCUUGUACAGAGGUUAGUGGAGGCUGUUCUGCACACAAGCUCCAUUGCUCACAGUAUUGUGUUGAUGGUGUGAAUGGCCCAUUCUGUGCCUGCAGUCCACGAUACUAUCUUGGCCCUGAUAGAACUACUUGCUUACCAAAAUGCACGACAUCGUGCGCUAACAAUGGUUCUUGCAUUUCACCUGAUGUGUGUCAAUGUCGUCCUGGCUUCACCCACUUUGAUUGUCGUGUUGAUUGUGGUAAUCCAAUUAUAAGUGACAAAAGUGGUUCUAUUAUAACCCCAACUAGAUGGAACCAUGAUGGUCGUCAGCUUCCGUACUGGGUUAACUGCCACUGGGAGAUACAAUCUCCUGUUUCCAUUGGGAACUAUUUGCAAAUUACGGUUAGAUCGGAUCCAGAAUUUCGAUACUGUUGGGAUGCAGUGGUGACACUCCAAACUGAUGAAGUUAAUGAAACAGUCAACGGCAAAGAUGUAGCAGAUACAGCAGUCACCUUCUAUUCAUCAACUGGAAAUGUGUCUGUUUCAUUCUCACGUUACAGUUCUAACAAUUGUUAUUAUAAUGGUGCUGGAGUCAACAUCACUUACGAAGUUAUUGAGUCCAGGUGUAUGGACAUUUGCUCUUCUGUUGCAACACUAGAUGACAGAUGCUGUGGAGGCUAUGUGAUGAUGGUUCCUGGUGUACUGCGCCAAGGUGAUGAGGUGACAAUCAACAUACUUCUACAAGGUGUAGAAACACCUCUAAGUUUGUCUGUAAGCCUUUGGAACAAUUUUGGAGACCUUGAGUUUACAUCAAACUAUACAUCUAGACAUAAAGCAUAUGGUGACAUGAAGUUGGAAUAUUUUACUUUGGAGGUGCCUGAAGACUUGAACGAGGGAGUGUAUGAGCUUUCUGUGACUGGAAUGUCAGACAGUCAAGUUGUUAUCAAUGACAAGACAACAGUAAGUGUUGCCGCAAGAGGUCCCACUGUUCUGGUACAGACAGACAAACCAGUCUACAAAGCGGGUCAAACAGUGAAUAUGAGAAUUGUUGUUCUCAAUUACGACAUGAAGCCAUCAACACAGAACAUCACUGUAGAAAUAUUGGAUGGGGGAGGUAAGUCCGUGAUCAAGUGGACUAACCUGCAGCCAAUGAACGGACUUGUUACUCGUUCAUUGCCCGUAUCAUCGGAGCCUACACUUGGCACUUGGAAUAUCACAGUGAUCAUGCGUACACAACAGUCACCACGAAGAAGAAGUUUUGUUGUCCAGUCUGCUUGUUUUGAUGUCAAAGACUAUGUUUUACCCAAGUUUGACGUUGAGCUCUUUAUUCCACUCUACGUUGUUUAUGGGGACACAAAUCUAACUGGCGCAGCUUCAGCGAGGUACACAUAUGGUCGACCAGUAAAGGGAAUUCUCUGUUUGCAAGUCACGUCAAAAUUUGAAAGUGAUUACUCUUACUUAGAAAGAACGUCAAUUGAAGUUUGCUAUGCUAUUAAUGGACUAGUUUCUUUCUCGUUGCACCUUGAAUCUGCAGUGGACUUCUUCUAUGUUGUGCAUGGUGUUCUGCCGGAAGGUUUGGAGUUGAACGCCACUGUAACAGAGCGAGGAACAGUUGUAACAUACAACACGUCAGACUAUCUCUUUGUGGCCAGAGAGCCUUACACUCUAAGUUUCUUACCAGGAACUCGUUCUUUCUUUAAGGCUGGUUUGCCGUUUUAUGUUACAAUUUGGGUUGCAAAACCUGAUGGUUUGCCUGCCCUCGAUGUGUCUGAGGUAACCUUGGUGAUCUUUGGUGAUGAUGAACUAUUGGAUGUUGUCGCACUUGCUGUGGUGAAUGGGACAGCAUCACACAAAGUAUUCUAUAGACAAAACAAGUUUAACAGUUUAAUUUCACUGCAGGCUACUGUCAAUGGGACAAGAGGAGUUUAUUCUGAUUUCUCUUUGGUUCAUGAUGUGCAGUUGUUUCAGUCUGUAACAGAUACAUACAUGUCUAUUGAAGCAGAGUGGCCAGUGAUGGUGGCAGGACACAGUCCCACUUUCACUGUCUUCAGCACAACCAAAAUUAAUGAAACACUUCACUUGAUGACUAUUUCCAAAGAGAAAAUCUGGAAUGCAUGGAGUGUCUCACUUGUUACACUCUCUUCACGAGAGUUUAGUGGUGUGUAUGAGUUUACAUUCAGCUUAUACAUUAACUGCUCUCUGGCACCGGACUUCCAACUUUUAUCUUUUUACACAACAAACAAAGGAUUUGCAGUAGAAGAUGUUGUUAAUUUUGUUAUCGAAACUUGUUUUGAACAUGAGGUUGCCUUGUCAUUCAGUCAAAGUGAAGUUCGUCCAGAAGAAUAUGUAGAGAUAUCAGUGAAGACGCUUCCACGUGCAACAGUCAGUUUGACUGCUGUAGACAAGAGCAUUCUUUUGUUACCAACUUUAUGCAGCAGUCAAGUGACAAGAAGCAACGUCGAAUAUGAAAUGUCGUUAUACUCCUUGUUAGAGGAUAAAAGUACAUCUCAAAACGAUCCUCGACACUGGUGGAAAUCAUGGUGGAAGACUGUCAAAGUGCCACGUGUUUUUAAGGAAUCUGGAAUGAACGUGAUCAGCAAUUACUUUUUCGGUCUUGGCAAUAGUCGACGAAUUAAACGUCAAGCUUUCAAUGACACUGUAGAUCCGAUACCGUCAAGUUACACAUCAUUACCAAGGAAACAAGUGCGGUCUGACUUUCCAGAGGUUUGGUUAUGGAAAACCAUUCAAACCAAUGAAAAUGGUGAAUGGCAUGCGAAUCUAACAGUUCCACACACAAUAACAAGUUGGAUAGUCGAUGCGUUUGCUUUGUCUUCAAAUACUCCACUGGGGAUUGUUGAUUCGCCAUCCUCUCUUCUUGUUUUCAAACAGUUCUUUGUCUCUCUAAGCUUGCCAUUUUCUGUGAUCAGAGGCGAAGAAGUUGAAAUCAUUGCCAACGUGUUCAAUUACUUUCACAAGGAUCUACAUGUUGUGUUGAGUAUUGAUAAUUCAACGGAUGCAUUUGAUUUGGUUGAAAGUUUUACGUCAGGAUAUACAGUGCUGACUGUACCUGCCAACGAUAUUUGGACGGCACGUUUUCCAAUUGUUCCUCGGAAGCUUGGCUACAUACCCGUCAAGGUUACAGCAAGAUCUAAUCUGGAGUCAGACACUGUUUUGAGGAUGCUGCUAGUUGAGCUUGAAGGAAUUCCACAGGAAUACUACAAAAGCAUUCAAAUUCAAGGAAAUUCAACUGCAACAUUGACGUUAGAUCUUCCUCCUUCAUUUGUCAUCGAUUCAGUUGCAGGAUUUCUGUCAGUAUCUGGAGACAUUUUGGGACCUGCAAUCAACUCCUUGGGAUCGCUAUUACGAAUGCCAUCAGGAUGUGGGGAACAGAACAUGGUCAAUUUUGCUCCAGCUGUAGUGAUCAAACAAUAUCUUAUGAAAACGAAUCAACUUACACCAGAGAUAGACAGUAAAGCUACUCGAUACAUGGAGAUUGGAUACCAACGUCAGCUCACAUUUCAGAGGUCUGAUGGUGGCUAUGCUAUUUGGGGUAAUAGAAGUCCUUCUAGUAGCACAUGCUUGACUGCAUUUGUUUUACGAAUUUAUGCUCUGGCAAUGGAUGUGAUGUAUAUUGAUGAAACGUCUAUGCUGAAAAGCCUCUGUUGGUUAAUGAACAGACAGCGAUAUGAUGGCUCAUUUGUUGAAAAUGGACAGUGUUAUCAUCUCACUUGUGGUAUGCGAGAGGACAGAGCUACUACAUUGACAGCAUAUUCUUUGAUUACAUUGGUUGAAGUUGGCAAACAGUUGAAAUCUUCGUCAGGGUCUUGCUUGUGGGCAUUACAUUACAAAAUUGGUAGAGCAAGGAACUAUUUGGAGAACGCAAUUUCUUAUAGUGGAAACUAUACUGAUUACAUAAGAGCUAUGGCUGCAUACGCACUUUCUUUGGCUGGAAGUCCAAGAGCAGACUUGGUUGUCAAACGUCUUCAAGAGAGUGCUAUCAGAACAGAUAAUCAUUGUCAUUGGAUUUGCAACUCUGAGCAAUGCAGGAGACGCAACACUUGUUCUACUUCUGCAGGAACAGUGGAGACCACAUCAUAUGCUUUGCUUACAUAUACUCAUAUGAAUCAUGUUGGUGAUUCCGUCUGCAUUGUCAGGUGGCUAGUGGGACAGAUGGAUGGGAAAGGAGGUUACAGAUCUACACAGGAUACUGUACUUGCUCUCAUGGCUCUUGCGCAGAGUGGAUCUGGAUCUGUAGGGAAAUUCCACAUUUAUAUCACAAGCCUCUCUAUUUCAAACAGGACUUCUAUCACACUGACUCAUCCCUCAGAUCCUAUAGCAACACAGAAAGUCGAGAUAGAGGUUCCGAAUGAAUUAUAUAUUGAAAACACAGGCAAUGGAACAGCAAUAAUACAAGCCAAUGUGAGCUACCAUGUUCACAAACUAAAGGCAGACAUGUCGUAUGAUUUGACUGUAACAGCUCGUCGCCAACUGUCUGGACAAACUACGUUCUUAGCAUUACUAACUUCUACGUUUGCUAAUGACAUACCAACACAGUCUUCUCCAGUGUGGGUUAAUUCUGACUUCAUUACUACAUCAUUGCGACCUUUUGGUUGGCGGACCACAGCACCCCAGACAACUGUGGAGUCAACUUCCGAAAUUACAGAAGCAGUGAAUUCCGUGGUGCCAACAGAACCAACGCUAGUCACUGAUAAAAGAGACAGUUUAUCAGAUUCGCCACAUUUUGAUUGGCUGACCACAGCACCCCAGACAACCGUGGAGUCAACUUCAGACAUAACAGAAGCAGUGAAUUCUUCGCCAACAGAACCAAGUCUAGUCGAUAAUAGUACUGACAGUUUAUCAGAUUCUUUUGAAAAUACCUCUCAGGCAAUCAACAUGACAUACAAUGAGGGCACCUUAGUUGUAGAACUAUGCGUUAGGUGGCAUCCCACUUAUGCAGACUCAGGAAUGGCUCUUGUUGAGCUAAAACUGCCAUCAGGAUAUGCCGCUGAGCAUUAUGUAAUGCAGAAGCUUGCUGAUCUGAACUACAAUGGCAUACGUCGGUUUGAAGUCGAAGGAGGAAAGGCUAUUUUCUACUUUGAUAAAUUUGAGUCAAACAUCGACACUUGUUUCGACGUGUUAUUGAUCCAAACUCACUGUGUUGUUGGAGCAAAACCCAGCUAUGCUCGUGUGUACUCGUAUUAUGAACCUGAAAUAUCAACAACAGUGUUGUACCAAGUACCCUCGACAGAAUUAAGCAAUUUUUCUGAAUGUGCUCAUUCAAACAAUGUUCAGCCCUUUGAACGAGAUGAGCAGAUCCAGAUUGAUAGAGAUGUCUCAAACAAUCUCACUAAAUGAUGAUUGUUACAAAGAGAUUGACUUGUGACGAAGAUCUAUCAAAACGCAUUGAUUGAUCUGAGGUUGAAAUGGCAGGAUUUUGAUGUUUUGCUAAAUUGCUGAAAUUGUGAUUUGGUCACAAUGCUUGUGCACUGUAGCUC